CUGAAUCAGUACGAUUUUUGAGUGCAAAACGUUAAGAUGAAUCAAUUUGUGAGCGGAAUUUUGUUGACGCUGCUGCUGGCGGCGCUGUUGCUGGCCCCCACCGAGGCCGCUGUGGCACGUGGCAUCUUCAAGGAUGCCAAACAUCCCGGCAAGUGUUAUGUGUCGGAAAAUGUCAUCCUGAGUCCGGGCGAAUAUGCCAAAUAUCCGAAAAUGGACUGUGCACGCAUUAUAUGUGCAAGCGGCAGCAUGGCAGAAAUCCACACUUGCGGCGUUGAAGCUCCACCCCCAGGCUUUAAGUUUGGCAAAGCGAGGAAUCCCAAUGCCGAUUACCCCGAUUGCUGUCAACAUGAGCUGGUUAAAGCCGAAGACUGCGCAGCAAAGUACAUAUCGAGCAUCUAAAAAUAAAACAAACAAAAACAAAAACAAAUACAAAAAUAUCAGACGAUUUUACACAGUCAUCUAUACCAUAAAUAUACACAUUGCUUCAGGCCUUUUCAUCACCAAACUAUUAAAAUUCAUAAGAAGAAAUAUUUGAAAAAAUAUUGCACAGUGCUCAAAUGACCAUGAAGGAACUUAUAAGUGACAUCAACUUCAUCCACAUAUAAAACUUCACACUUCAAAGUAUUUUGUCAACAACAUGAAGUCAACAUGGAGCACACAUUAAAUACAACAGCAGGCUUUCAACUCGUGCUUCAGGCGUGGCAACGCCUUUUAAAAAGUUGAAGAGAAAUUAAGCAAAAAAUACGAAAUUCAACA